GAAAAUAAAUCAGAUAUUAGAGAUGAGUUAUUUGAGAAAUAUUUAAUUUUUAAAAUCAUUUUUUUGCAUAACAAGAACUAUAGCAUACAAAGAAUGAGAAACACAAAGAAACUGGUUUGUUGGAUAUAUUUUAUGUAUAAUAUUCUUUUUGAGAAUUAUUUUGACAUCAAGGUUACCCAUGAUGACGUCGUUGGUGACGCGACGUCACUUCCGCGACGCGGUUAGAAAUGGACGACAAUCUUCAGCUGGCAGACGGCGGAUUCACUAAAAAUGUGGCUCGGUCAGGCAGAAGAGCACGUCAGUCGGCUGAGAUGAUGAGCGCUGAAGACUCUCGGCAGAGGAGAUCCUCUUCAUCAAUCAGCACUGCUGCAGAGGGUCCUCCUCCGAAACCCACCCGCCGUCAGGGAGGAUGGGCAGAGGAGAGCUCUACUACUACUAAUGUAAGGUCUGGACGGCGAGCGGCUGCUGAAGAGCCGGAGGAUCGUCGACUGAGGCCUCAAACCCCCGAGGGCUCCGACAAUGAAAGCGUUUUUCCUUAAAACAAGCAAAAUAAUCUGCCAAUAGGGUAAGUAGAAAUAAUCUUAUACCAAAACGAAAACUAUGAUUAUUUCACUUACUCCAUCGGCAGAAUAUUUUGCUUGUUUAAAGGUAAAACUCACUUAAUUUUGACUCAUUAUUCCUUAAAACAAGACAAUAUUUUUUACUUGCUCCUUGAUGUAAGAAUUUUUAGACGUUUAGAGUAACGAGACCAAAAUGUGAGUGAGAAGCAUUUUUGCAGUGUAGACACAAGUAAGAAAAGCAUUUUGUCUGCCUCAGGCCACCGGAAGCGGAGACUGAUCCUCCCGAUCGCCUUCA